AUGGCCGACACACUUAACUCGGUCUCCAACUCGGUCACCAAUGGCCCCGUUGCAGACAAGGUUAGAGAACAGCACCAGAAGACUUCCGAUGAACUCUCCAACCUCUACGCCUCCCGCCAGACGCCCAACAACCCCACCGCAACAGGCCAGCCUCUGACCCACUACCAUUCCUUCUUCUCCGAGCUCCUCUCGUGGAACAACCCUCGCGCCUCUGCGAUCGCCUAUGCCUCCAUCAUCGCCUUCAUCAUCUCGGUUAGGUACCUGGAUGUGAUCCGAUGGGGCUUCAAGCUCACCUGGAUGAUCCUGGGCAUCACCAUCGCCGCCGAGGCCGCUGGGAAGGCUGUUAUGAACACUGGCAUUGCCAGUCAGCUCCGGCCCCGUCGUUACUACACCGUUCCUCGCGAGACCCUCGACGUCCUCAUCGGCGAUGUUCAUGAGCUGGUUAACUUCCUCGUCAUCGAGGCUCAGCGUAUCGUCUUCGCCGAGAACAUCUGGGCUUCCCUGGCUGUCUGCGUGAGCGCAUUUCUCUCGUACUGGCUCGUUAAGGUCGUCCCGUACUGGGGUCUCGCGCUCAUCGGCACCACCGUCGUCUUCACCGCUCCUCUGAUCUACACCUCCAACCAGGAGCUCAUCGACCACCACCUUAAGAACGCCCAGCAGAUCGUUAACACCCAGACCGAGCAGCUUCGCAAGGUCGCCGGCACCCACACCGCCCGUGCCACCGAGGUCACCAAGCAGUAUGUCGGCGACUACACCUCCAAGGCCCAGGAGAUGCUCCGAGGCAAAUCCGCCUCGCCGCAAACUGCCUCCUCGGCCCCGUCCGCCCCAUCCGCCCCGGCUGCCCCCGCUGUUAGGGACAGCGACUUCCCCGUGGCCCCCAAGGAGGACAUCAAGGUCGAGGAGCCUGCUGUCCCCGCCCAGAGCGUGCCCGAGCCGACUAUCAAGCACGAGGAGCAGGAGCCCCUGAUUUCUACCUAA